UCUCUCUCUCUCUCUCUCUCUCUCUCUCUCCUCCCCCUCUACCCUUGGAACAUCCAGCAGGAGCAGAAAAAUGAAGGCAGGCUGCCCCAUUGUGGAGAAGCCAGAGGGCGGAGGAGGCUACCACUUCCCAGACUGGGCCUACAAGACGGAGUCCAGCCCAGGCUCCCGCCAGAUCCAGCUCUGGCACUUCAUCCUGGAGCUUCUGCAGAAGGAGGAGUUCCGGCACGUCAUUGCCUGGCAGCAGGGGGAGUACGGGGAGUUCGUCAUCAAGGACCCCGACGAGGUGGCGCGGCUGUGGGGCCGGAGGAAGUGCAAGCCCCAGAUGAACUACGACAAGCUCAGCCGGGCCCUCAGAUACUACUAUAACAAGCGGAUCCUCCACAAGACGAAAGGGAAGAGGUUCACCUACAAGUUCAACUUCAACAAGCUGGUGAUGCCCAACUACCCCUUCAUCAACAUCCGGCCAACAGGUGUCGUCCCCCAAAGCGCCCCUCCUGUCCCGUCGGCCUCGUCCCACUUCCAGUUCUCCCCACUGGACGGCCACUCGCCCACCGAGGACGCCCAGCCCAGCCGCUUCUCCGGCCGGCCCCUCGCCUCGUCCGCCCAGGAGGCCCUGAACAACGGCAGCCGCGGCGAGAAGUCUUCUCCGGCUCCGGAGCUGGAGGGAGGCUCUCCGGACUGGCGCCACGGAGUGGACCUGCUGGCUUCCCGCAAUUCCGCUGCCGCUGCCGCCGCUUCCGCAGGUGGGGCGAGCCACCAGAAGCGUAAGCCGGACUUGGUGCUGCCCCUCUUUGGACGGUCGGGGAUGUACCCCGACCCGCAUAGCCCUUUCGCCGUCUCCCCCCUGCCGACCCGCGGAGGGGUCUUGAACGUGCCCAUCUCGCCCGCCCUGUCGCUGACCCCCACCCUCUUCUCGUACAGCCCCUCGCCCGGCAUGAGCCCCUUUGCGGUGGGCGGCAGCUGCUUCUCCUUCAACCCUGAGGAGAUGAAGCACUACCUUCACUCCCAGGCCUGCUCCGUCUUCAACUACCACCUCAGCCCAAGGACUUUCCCCCGCUACCCGGGCCUCCUCAUCCCGCCCUUCCCCUGCCAGCUGCCUCCGGAGGACCCGGCCCAGUUCCCCAUCAAGCUGCAGCCCCCGCCUGCUGGCCGCAAGAACCGCGAGCGGCCGGAGAGUGGCGGCAGGCCUGGGGCCCCUCCGCUGUCCUCCCCCCAGAUCAAGGUGGAGCCCCUGCCGGACCGCCAGGAGCCCGAGGGCAGGGAGUCCCCAGGGCGAGAGGUAGGGUGCCGCUCAGCCACCGAGUCGCCCACCUGCAAGAGCGCCCAGGAGCAGCGGGAGAAGACCCUCUUUGCGCGGCCCGUGGCCCCCUCCUGGCCGGCGGCGGCAGCUACAGCGGCUCAGCCCCCGGCGCCCACCCAGGCUGACCUUCUGGCCGACGAGAAGAAGCCCAAGCAAGAGGACGUCUCCGUUGAGAAGCCCCCGCGAGAGACGAUGGGGGAGCCGCCGGGGGCCCCGGAGAGGAGGGAGGACUCUGCCGCUGUGAUGCCCCCCAAACUGCGCCUGAAGAGGCGCUGGAUCGACGACCGGCAGGCGGAGGGUCUGAAAGAGGAGCAGGGGGGCAGGAAGCCCUACUGGGGAGCCCUGGACACCCCACACAUCCUCCUGGCCCCCAAAGCUGCCGUGGAUACUUAGGACUGUAGAGGCCCCAUGGCAGUGGCGGUGUUUGUGUGUGUCUGCUUUGUACUGUAGCAAGGUUUGCCUAGCCAGGAGGGAAGGGGACCGAGGGGAAAGGCUAGAAUGGUUUUAUGAAUUCUAGGGGUUGUGUGUGUGUGUGUGUGUGUGUGUAUUGCAGGCAAGAGGCUGUUUGUGUCAAGGCCUGCCUUGUCUGCAGCCAUGUGGCCCCGUCUAGGGCCACUGCCCUGCCUCCUGGUGGGCUUCCACUGACGGGAAAAGACUCUUUUCUCUUGAAUUCUGCCCCCCUCUCCCCUUACGGUCUUUUACAGAAGCAAGAAUCUGUCUGAAUGUACAUAGUUCUUUUCUCUGGCGGUGGGGGGCGGGCAGACCAGGCGGAGGACUUCCUAGCCAUUCAGAACUGGAAAUGUGUCUCGUUAUCAAGCUAGGAAAACGCUUUAUUUAGCCACCAGGACGUUGCACUGUCUUUGAUCCUUUUUCAAAAGCGGGGAUAGCAGGAAGAGCAGAGGGAAAUGAGACUUGGCCGAGCUGGCGGCUGCCCCCUGGGGCAGGGGAGGGCCUGGGGUCCAGGCCGGCUAGAAUGAGGGCUUGGCAACCAUAAGUGUUACUUUUAGGACUUUGCUGGGGGGGGGGGGGAGGGGGACACACCGAAUGGUCACGUUUUUUAAGAAACUUUUUUUUGAAAAAUAUCGAAGAAGCCAUGACGAGCAAUUGUAAAACCUUUUCAGGGAUGUGCAAGGAAUGUGGUUGUAAACGAAAACCUUGAAUGCCUUUAACAAGACCCCCCCCCUUUAAUUUCCCUUGGUGGUUGUGGGCAAGGGGCGCUGGGGGGGCAACGGAGCUGAGAAGCGGCUGGGAGCUCCCACAGAAUGACUUUAUCGGGGCAUCUUUUUCUUCCUCCCUCUUUUUGGGGAGCGCUGGGAGGGGAAUGCUCCCCCGGCCUUUUCUGUCUUGCCUUAACUGCCUGCUUUGGAGACAAGCGCUGGGAAACAGAGAGGCUUCUGCUGGGGGGGGCAGAGGGUGUUGUUUUCUGUGGAGGGGGCACGUAGCUCAGGGUGUGAAGACGGGCCUGGGUCCUUCUCGCGAUUGCAGCAUGGCGGCAGUGCUGGAGAGUUGGCAGCAGUGUUGGGCAGGCUGGGUCGGGUUGCCCGUCUUCUGGUGCCCGUGGGGCGUGUGGUGGGCAGGGCAGCCCUGCGGCUGCUCCUCUUCCCCCUUCUCCCAAGGCGGCCCAAGGAAAGGGAGAAAGCUUGUGCAUGCAGGCACUCUUCUUUGACUCCCCAAGGGUGACCCCGCAGAGAUGGGGAGCUCAUGACAAGUUCCCUACAAGAGCGGCGUCUUCCAGUGCCCCUUCUUUUUGCUGCCACUGCGAAGGCGAGGAUCCCCUUCCUUCCUAGCACGCUUGUUGGGGUUUGCGGGCAGCCGUGGCCCCAACGCAAAGAUUGCCCCUGUGCAAACUCUCGCUUUGCCUCUUUGAACGUCCCCUUGCCAGUGUCUGCCCCCCUACAACGGACCAGGUUCGGGGAAUUCCUGGUGCGGUCCGGUCCCCGUCCCCCCCAAUGAGCAAUGUCAAACUGCUGCCUCUUCUCUUUGGGCUUCGGGACAUCAGGGAAGCUGUUGGCGACCAGUUUUACUUCAAGACUGGCAAGGAUGACCAAGUCGAAUACUGUUUUGGGGACGGAAGUUUUGGGAACGGGGAGGCUCUCACCCCAGUGUCAUGGGCUGUGCCCCCCUCAAGAGCUGUGUGGCUCUUGCUGGUCUUCACGCAAGCCCCCCCCCCCUUUGGUGUUGCCCAGCAUCCUGCGCACAAACAGCCUUAUGAACGUUGGGGGGGGGGGCCUGCAGCGCUUUCCCCCGGACAGGCAGGGUUUGGCGGAGAUGGGCUCAAAACUCAGGGACUGAAACAUGACGGCCUUUUCUUCCUCCUCCUCUUCUUCUUCUUCAAAUGAGUACAUGCAAACCUUCAGUCUAUUGUACCCAAGUGCCAGACGCCACGUCAGGCAGGGCUGGGGGGUUGAUGGGGGGGGGUUGCUCGUGAGAAAUCCCAUUUGCACUUCUUCAGUGAGAAUUCGUGUCUUAAAAACAAACACCCUAACCUUUGCUGUCCUUUUUCUCCUCUGCCCCCCCUCCCGCCGAUAGCCAUGGCAGUGCAGAGCGGACAUGCCCUGUUCAGGGAUGGUGGCGAAAGGGCUCAGGGUACCGGAAGGGCACAAGGGAGGGGGGCAAAGCGAAGUGAUCUGCUGUGUGCGUUGGGAGGGCGGAUACCUUCCACCUUCGGCUGGCUCAGGGAGCCAUCGCUGUGGCUUUGCAGGGGCCGCAGCAGGCAAGGCCCCUUCCUGGCUUCUGAGGGGAGGGGCUCCCCUUUUUCUCCUGCAGGAAAAAGCAGCCACACGCUUUGAAGCGUCUCUCCCGUUGUGCCAAAUACUCAAGCCGGUGGGCGGCUGAACUCCUGUAUUGCGACUAAUCGAGAGCGUGUUGACCUUUCUUUAACGAGAAUUAAAAUACCUUUUCUUUGGGGGGGGGGACAGCGUUUAGAUUUUGCUGGCCUUGGGAACGUCAGGAAGCAAGGAAGCUGCAAAGCUUGCAACCUGGCUGCCCAAAAGCCUGGCAGAAGGAGGAGGAGAGUGGUUCUUUCUCGGGGGGCGGAGAGGGUGAAUGAGGGCACCUCCACUUCUCCCCACCCCAUACACACAGACACACACACUGACCUCAGGCCUGACUCAGCCUCUCCUAACGUCCGGGUCCAUUUCCUGGCUCGCCCCGAAAGAGAGCAGCGGGCGUGUUGAGUCUUGCCGCUCCUGGGUCAUGGGGCGGCGUGCGUGGCUCAUCGCCCGGGACUCCUGCGUCAGGGGAUGCCUAAUCCCCAGGAGCACCUCGCCCUGGGACGGAGCCGGACUUUGAGGCCCAGAUCCACCCUGGGUUCCCUUCCUUCCCGCAUGUGGCGAAGGUGGCGCCCGCUGCUGCCGCCUCUCUCGCUUUGGCCAACUAAGAAGCCAUUUCCUGUUACCCACCCUUCCUGGGGAGGGGGGGGACCCCAACCUCUGCCCCCCAGACACUCUGGGGCGCUGUUGCCGAACUGCUAUUUUUAGGGCAAGGCGCCCCAUCCCAAACCUUGGGUUCCCCUCCGCACACACAAAAACCUACAUACACACAUGCAGCCAGUCAGGUCAUGGGUGAUGCAUAAAGUCUGCACUUCUCCCAUGAAGACAGGUAGAAAGGGGUUUUAUCUAACCUUCAAGGGAGGUUUAUAUUUGCUUGGUUGCCCUUUUAAUUCCAUAACUGUUUUCGCUUUUUAAAGAAAUGUAACUUUUUUCUCAUUUUCCCCCCCGUCUUACGGAUCCUGAUGGGUUUUCAAGAGAGCUAUGUCUUUGGUUUGGAAUACUUUUGAUUAGAAUUAUUUUAAAAGAAACGAAACAACUUUGAUUUUUUAUUUGAUUUUUUAGUGUUAAAGUGACAAAGUAUUUACCGACGACUUUUUAAAAUUUAUUAUUAUUGUUAAAUCAUUUUUCAUGAGACAUGGUCCUGUCUUUAUGAUGCUUUGAGAGUCAGCAGGGAGUAAAACACAUCCGAACGGCAACUCUAACGCUUGAGGUAUUUUUAUUUUGUCUGUGUAAAGCAGGAUUAAAAUUGUGUGUAAAAAAAAAAAUUUUUUUUUAAAGGAAAAAAAAUGUAAGUAGUCCUCAUGCUUUUGUGCAGUGCCUUUUAGACGUUCCACUUUCUAUAAAGUCUUCAAAAAAAAAAGUUUGCAUAUAUAUUAUAUAUAUGAUGUAAUGUUAUAGAAAUAUAUGUAUAAUAUACAUAUUUUUUCCAGGGGUAUCUGAUAGCUCUGUAUUUUGUUAUGGAAGUUGAUAUGAAAAGUAUUUUACCUCAAAUUUAAAAAAGUUAAAUAAACCUUUUAAAUAAG